GGGUUAACAAAAUCUUUGAAGAUUGUUUUCUAGCCUAUGGCUGCUCUUAUCCCCAUUCUCCGACCUUUCUUCACUGAAACCCAAGCACCAAUCUCCGCUCGAACCUCCGAUCAUCCACGCACUCUCUCACGUCGCGACGCCCUCUCUCUCUCCUCCGCCUCUCUCCUCCUCUUCAUUCUCUCUCCAACCGAUCCCGCUUUUGCCUUCGGAAUCUCAGGACCCAAGGAGUGGUUGAAAGAUCAGAAGAAGAAGUCGUCCAGGUUCUUGUUAGCUCCCACUGAUGCGUCUCGCGAAAGCCUCCGCUCUGUUUACCUUUCUCUCUCGACUAGAGAAUCUGAUUAUACGGACAAAGAUUUGGAGAGCCUUCAGAACCUGUUAAGGUCUUCUGCAAGAGAUUGUGUUCCUAAAGAGAGAAGCUCUCUUGUCGAUUUUCAGUCUAAAACCGGAGUGGAGGUUUGCACAUUCAAGCUUGUUCUGAAGAAUGCUGCUUCAUUACUAGAUGAUAAGGACCCUGUCAUACUUGAAGCAGAGAAUAUACUAAAUGAUCUUGUUAGGUCCUUUGGUUCUCUCAUCGUUCUGACGAAUGGGAUUGAUAUGAACCUUCCUUCUGAUAGAAAAAAGAUUGCAGAUGCAGUUAUGGAGGCAAUCUCUUAUCUUGACAAGUUUGAGAAGAGUGUCAAGGACUGCCUCGAGAUCUGAGAUGAAGUGUGUCUCUUCUUCUCUUCUUUAUUGCUGUUUAUGGGGUACCAUCGUUUUGUUACAAUUUGUGGAAAGGGAGAGACGACAGACAUCUCGGUUUAUAUGUAAAAUAACCAUAUGCUUGUUGCUGAGCAUGAAAAAAUAGGACUUUUGAGUUUAUGGUUUAAGAUACAGUGCUUUUGUUUAUGUCAGUGGGUUUAUACAUUCAAGUCAAAAACAAUCUCAUA